CUCAAUCUGCCGAGCCUGGACCCAAAAAUGAGCCGGUGCUGCUCGCAUUGCAGCCACAACUCCAAGACAUGCCCCAAUUGCGGGGUCAAGCUCGUUAGGGUGCGCUUGACGGAUGGGUUGAUUCGAAAGGGCGCCAAUAUGCUGGGUCAAAUUCCAGUGCGCAUAACUCAAAUGGAUCAGGUUCGCCUGGGGAGGGACAUGAUCAUGCCGACAGUUAUGCCUCUGAGGAUUUUGUUCUAGGGUUGUCUUCUAGCCGGGAGAGAAAGAAAGGUUUGUGUUUUUUUUUUUUUAAAGAUUCUUAUCUAGGUGUUUAAAAGAUAGGGUUUUGAGAUCUACAAAAUAGAUGUCAUUGCAAUUCAUAGAUCUCCACAGCUUCUAUGAAUGUUCGUGCGCUUUACUUUAUGCAUGUUUGAAAAAAACCCAGAUCUAGGUGUCUCCCAGCUUAGAUAAUUAAGCAGAAGCAGAUUCACAAUUUCUGUUUCUUUAAACGCCAUCACUGCUGCUUCUUCUGGUGUUAUCCUCGCUAUCCAUGGCGCCAUCACCUCCACCAUCACUCACGUCGCUGUCACAAUCGUUGCCAUUGCCUCGGGUGCUUGUCUCUCCACCAAGUUCGACUUCUUCUAUUUUUGGUUUUGUUUCUUUGUUUCUUUUAUGGAGCAAUUGUUUGUGGUUGUUUGUGGAGAAUCUCUGUUUCUCUCAAGAACGAGCUAGCCACUGGUUAGAGCUUCAUUUUUGUUCUGUUUUUUCAAACUUUUAUGGUUAAUUCUUGGUCCUGAUUUUGCUACUUUUCUUUGUCUUGAUGGAGCUAGAAUUUUCGGUUCUCUUUAAAUCAGUUCUCGUUGGUUUCUGUGCUGAUUUCGCUAGCAUUUUGGGUUAUGAUUUGCUAUAGAUCAAGUCUCCGAUGGUUCGGUACUAUUUCUUUUUGAUUUAUUCGCAUCCACGUGAUUUGUCUUGAUUUGGUGAAAUUUGAAUGCGUGUAUUCGAGGUUUUUUUGUUGGAUUGUGAUUUAGUUUCUCUUUUGUUGUGUUUCAGUGGUGUCGGAGGAGUUAUUUAGGUUUGAGAAAAACCUAGAUUUGGGUUUGAUUUGGAGAGGAAGAAGAAGGAACAAGAGAGAGAAAGUGAAAGAGGAAGAAGAGAUGAUAUGGCAACUUUUCCGCAGAUGUGCCUUGUUUAAUAUAAUGGAAUGAUUUGU